AUGAGUAACAUUACUGACUAUUAUGAACAAAAACUAAAAAAAUAUCAUUUUGCAAUUUCAUCAGAAAAUGAACGUACAUUCAUGAAAAUGAAUAUGGAAGCAAUAACUAAACCUGUAUUAUUCGUCUUAAAAAAUGCCGAUUCUUUUCUUCUUCCUAUUCCUCCUAAUACUAAUUAUCCGAUAAAUUAUAACAGUAGAUUAGCAUGA